CCACACAUAAUUUUUAUACUCUGCUCCAACGGCUACUAAUCACCGUAGGUCCCUUCAACGGUCCAGAUCUCUCAAAUAUUUUCUCCUAUAUACAACAUGCAAAGAUACAUACACUCGAGCAUUCUUCACUCAACACUCACUUUUUCUCUAAUUCCUUAAUUCUCUCAACUAAUUACAAAUUAUGACUCGCAAUAUUCUCUUGACGGUUACAUUGAUCUGCAUUGUUUUCAUCACCGUCGGUGGCCAAUCUCCGGCCACCGCACCGAUCCAUUCUCCUUCUACAUCUCCUCAUAAGCCUAAACCCACAUCUCCCGCCAUUUCUCCAGCUGCUCCAACGCCGGAAUCCACGGAGGCUCCGGCGAAGACUCCGGUAGAAGCACCUGUAGAGGCUCCUCCUUCUCCUACACCUGCUUCUACACCUCAGAUCUCUCCGCCCGCUCCUUCACCGGAGGCUGAUACUCCUUCAGCUCCGGAGAUUGCACCUUCAGCUGAUGUUCCGGCUCCAGCUCUGACAAAACAUAAGAAGAAGACAAAGAAGCAUAAGACCGCUCCGGCUCCUGGACCAGCUUCGGAGCUUUUAAGCCCGCCUGCUCCGCCCGGAGAAGCUCCUGGUCCUGGACCAAGCGAUGCUUUCUCUCCUGCCGCUGACGAUCAGGUAAAUAAUAUAUGAUUUAACCUAAACAAUAUGGUAAAUUAAUUUAGGUAAUAUGUAAAAAUAUCACUUAAGUAAAAACAAAUGUAAAUUAGUCCCAUCUUUUGACUAUAGUUUAGGUUAUUCGUUAUAAUUUAAAAAUGUCUGAAAUCACAAUUUUUUUGUUAGAUUUGAUUCUUUCUAGUUUCUAGAACUUAAAAUUUCGAAUUAUUUUACUGCAGAGCGGAGCACAAAGAAUAAGUGUUGUGAUACAAAUGGUGGGAGCUGCGGCAAUCGCAUGGUCUCUACUUGUUCUAGCCUUCUAAUAAAUUUUUGUUCUUCUUUUUUUUUUUUUUUUUUUUCAAUUCUUAAUUUUAUUUAUUUUAUAUCUUUUUUGAUCCUCUCCCAUUUGUCUCAUGUAUUACAGCUCACAUUUUGUAUUCAGCAUUUUGAUAUAUUAUUUGUCUUUUAUGUAUACAAAUAAUAAUUUUAAUACAUGCUAUUUUCUGCAAAA